AUGGCUCCUGGCAGGCGUGAACGGUUUGUCCGGAACUCAGGAAACACAGACGUAUCCGCAAAGGCCAUGACAGCUGGAAAAGUAGAGGAAACUAUGCAGAAAACCGCAUUUCAUCUUUUCAGCCGACUACCCGCCGAGCUCCGCGCCAAAAUAUGGGCUAUCGCACUGGAGGAUCAGAAAGAGCAAGUACCAGAUUAUGACUCUGUUGUUACUGGUUAUGGCAACUCAGUAAUCAUUCAUGAGCAUAAAGAAGUGGAUGGGAAGAAACAGUUUAGUAUUCUGUCAACACGCGGGUACCCUACUCUCUUCGCCGUCAACCGUGAAGCUCGCUAUGAGGCUGCCAAAGUUGAUGGAGGUGCAUGGUAUACAUUGGGUGAUGAGGCUCCAGAGGUCUAUGUGGAUCUAGAAAAGGAGCUAGUAUGGUUUGCGACAUGCUACCACAACCAGGGAUGGUUUAAAGAUACUUGCAUUCGUUCCAGAGAAUUUGGAAUUAUAGGUUGCGACUACCUCUGGCACUCGCAACUCAAGAGAAAACGUGAUCAGGGAUCACAUUCGCUGGACUCGAGGCAGGGAGCUUGA